UAUAAUAAAAGAUGGAUUAAAAACCAGAGAGAAUAUUUGAAAUUAAAAAAUGGAAUGCAGUUGCAUUAUGGAGUUGGGAUAUAAAAGUUGAUAAUUGUGCAAUAUGUAAAAAUCAUAUAAUGGAAAAAUGUAUUGAAUGUGAUGCAUAAGAAGGAUAAGGAGAAUGUAUUGUCGCAUGGGGUACAUGUAAUCAUGUAUAAAUAAUAAAUAACUAUUAUAAAUAGGCAUAUCAUUUUCAUUGCAUAGAGAGAUGGUUAAAGAAUAGACAGACAUGUCCAUUAGAUAAUCGUAAUUGGGAAUAUUAAAAAUAUGGUUGA